UUCAUCUCUCCUCCCCCCCGGCCUCUUCCUCCCCUCUGCAGAGAUCCCCUUCUUCUUUCAGCUCUCUCCCAACAGAGGUCAGAGCCGCACGGCCCCUUCUCUAAGUGAGAAGCCACCUUGUCAGGCCACAGGGGAGGCAAAAAGGAAGUGACAGGAGUGGUGAAGGAACAGAAAGGAAGACACGCGAGGACCAAGAGGAUGGGAAACUCUCUGCUGAGGGAGAACAGGCAGCAGCAGGACAUCCAAGAGCUACCUGGGAACCUGAGACUCCAAAGUCCCCAGCAGAGAGCACCCAGAUGCUGGGGUUGCCACAUCGCUGAAGGGUGUUUCUGCUUUCCGUGGAGGAAAAUACACAUGUUCAAAGAAAAACAAGAUUUCCAAAAGGAAAAUGAAGAAAUGUCAUCUUCUCCUAUCCAGGACAAUGCUGACCAGACCUACACAGAGGACCUGUUCUACACCCUCAUCAGUCAUAAGGUCCUCAAGAGACCAUCAGGGAAUUCUGCGGAGGAGUACUAUGAAAACAUUCCCUGCAAGGCUGAGAGGCCCAGAGAGUGCUCAGGAGGAACUGAGACUGAGUAUUCACUUCUCCGGGUGUCUUCCAUGCCUAAGCUUCCACCCUUCCCAGGAGAUGAAUAUGAGCUUCUCAUGCCUACCAAGAUCUCCCCUCACUCUCUGCAAAGUCCAUGUCUACUUAAGGCCCCUUCUGAGACUCAUUUUUACCAUUUAUAAUAAAGUGGUUGGA